ACUACUGUUCCAAGCAACUGCCCGCAUGCUGGUCUGAGAUGACCUCGGGGCAGUGGAAAUCCAGUAUCACCUAUGCUUCGUGAUCUCUGCCUCGGAGAAGGGAGUCCCCAGCUUUUUGUCUUGCACUUUUCCUCGACUUUCCUACAUUAAGCUUGGUCAUGGCCAACUCAGACUCGCGCUGCCCCAGCUCGUCAAGUUCCGCCGAGAAGCCUCGACCUGCUGGCUCCAGCCGCACUUCGUCUUUCGAGCAGUUCCAGCCCAAUAACUUGUUCCAAAAGAAUAAUUCCAUUCCCCAAUCUGACCCGGCGCAAGCGACCCUCUCGGUCGGGCCUCCAAAUUCGGAAGACCUCUCUGCAGGUACAAGGAAAUGCCAUAGCCUUAUUACACAGCAUGCCCCUUCAUUAAAUCUAAUUCACAAUCUCCCGACUCCUGGAAUGCAUCGACGGUCUUCCUUAAGAGAGCCUUCGGGCGGUCUUGCAACAUCCAAGCGGUCCUCAAGCUGUUCAUCAACCAUGCGGAAUUCCACACGCGCCCCCACUGUAAAGCGAUGGGCAGGCCUUAGUCGAACAACUCGUGAAUGGGAUGGUCUGAGAAGAGAUCCUGAUUUGUGGUUCGAAGAUGGCGAUUGUUACGUUCAUCUAUAUGCUCGGGGGCAGUCUCGUCGAGGUCCAUCCUUCCGCAUCCCAUUUCGCGCCCUGCGUCAUUUGAAGUGUGGGGCGAUGUUCAGUCUUUGUUUCGCACAGAUCAUGCCUUCUGGACCCAGUUCACACGCCGCAAAACGUAUUUCCAGCGGGUUCAAUACCCCAGUGUCAUCGAAUAGUACUAUCGAAUUGUUCGUGCCAGCGCCAGACGGCGCAAGUCGAGAGGCGGCGUUCCAAUGGCACCUAACGACGCGCAACUUCUUUGCCUUUGUACUGGGCAGGCCUCUAGUCGGAGCUCACCUAGGUCAGUCCUUCGUCGAUCUGCAAGAACGAAUGCAGCUUUUCCGGUCAGGACAAAUAGAUAAUCGCCAAGAUUUCCUUGCGUACGCCGAAGCGCAGGGCUAUUGUGACUUUGUCGAUUGUGCAGACUACGCACUGGGCAUGCUCUAUUAUGCCGAACACUACAAGAUCCGAGAUCUCUGGAUCGAUGCUUUCACUCAUUGUGUCGGCAUGAAUGAGAGUCUAGCUUUGAGUCAAGAACUAGAUCGCAUUUCUAAGUUGACCAAAGCACUGAUUACGAGAGCGUACCUAGAAAUGGACAUUCAUCUUGGACGAGUGACGGCGGCUUUGAGAACCUUCCUGGAAGAUGACUUCUCGCCUGCAAAUCUCGGAUUAGCAAAUGGUGCUAGAGCACAUCUAGACAGAUUUCGGUCGUUUCUCCACAGCUUUUAUGUUGAGAAAUAUGGGUAUUGGCCGCCGCCGAGAGGCUCUCCUUUUUCCAAAGUCUUGUACAAGUCUUUGUACCUUGACUUCAAGAAUUUACACGACUAUCUGGUGGAUCUCGGCUCGACAACAGACCUUCUGUCCCAAAAACCCGCAAGCGGUGGAAUCUGUGUACUACAGAACGUUAUGCUAUUCGAUAAACGACAUAGCUUCGCGCCCUUGCCGCAUCCACUUCCUCUGCUUCCUCAACACGAUGAUUGGGAUAGGAAGACUCCGUCCCAGAAGGCCUUGAUGACACUCGCUCUUGCCUCCAAGCAGUCCAAGACGGAUCGUUAUCUGACAGCACAUGCUACACUCGCGGCAGCGACCAAUGUCACAGAACCGAUCGCUACCUCGGCCAUUGUGCAAGCGUACAUGCGUUUCGAACGACAAUGCGUCGCUAAGCACCAACGCGAAGAGAAGGUGACAAUAGCAGAUGCUCGGAAAGUACGCUGGCUGCUCAUCUAUGGCACUUUGCAAUACUUGAUCUCCGCAGUGCAGGCCCCCAAAGAAGUACGCGAUCCCGAGAGCCCAGAAUAUCCACUCUGCUGUCUUGUAACGGAAUCUUCGCCCUGGCAAUCUGCAUCUAGAGCCGUUGACUCUUGCGGUGGUAGUACCAGUCAGAACGCAAAAGACAAGAUGGGUGGAAACCCGGACAGCUGUCUCACAGAUCAGCCUGCAUCAUGGGAAAUAUCUGGAGCGAUGACUAUCAAGCCCGAUUGUCAGAGUGAUGACUAUUUCACACACACAAACCCCAAUGCGACAGCUACUUCUAGCCGCCCAGUGUCUGUAGAGGUUCCAGCCCCUCUCAGGGUCUCAUCUGGCGUUGCACGUAACACAUCGGCACGCUCAUUGCGUAACCUUUCGCUACCCGGAAGAGGCUCAAGGAGGAACAGUCUUGCGAGUACGAAUUCCCAACCUUAUUGUGAGAUCAUUGUACAUGGAUUCGGCAAUGGUCUCAACCCCGCCAUUGUCGAUCCUCCAUCUCGACCCAUGUCGCGUGGCCAAUCAUUGGAUCGGUCGCAACGAGCAUCAAGAUCGGCCGGCCCUGAAGAGUCUGGUUUGGGCACUUCAUGGCUGCGAUCAGGAACAUCAGAGACUCGCGGCCGUUCGAAAAGACCAAUCGCUUUGGAUCUCAAUUGCUCCGCUGUCCCGGUGCAGACGCGUACCCCCGUGCUGGAAUCAUUCCAGGUAGAUCAGCUAGUCAACCCCUUUGUCUCUGCUGAACUGAACGAGCCCCGUGACUCUUCAGAGAGCGCGACCUCGCGAGAUAGUCCCUUCUGGAGCGAUGGCGCGAGUUCGGCAUCGUCAAAGUCGAGCGCUACCGGAGAAUGUGUGCCUUUAGAACGACGAUGCAGUAGUGCAGAAGUAAGUGGGUUGCUGGGAGGUCUCGUUUCGGUCGAUGCGUCACCAGUGACGACUCCAGAUGAAACCCCUUCAAAAACCCGCACACCAGCACCACGACCCCACAAUGAUGGGUUUCGCUUCAGCUUCCACAGCAAUGAACAGAAAGAUAGAGAUUCUGAAUCCCCAGUCGGCUCUACUUCGCUGGUCCAUGGUUCCUCCAUUGGCAUUGCCCUGGCUGGUCCAAAAGCCCGUAUAAAUCCCCCCAAGCCUCCAGUUCCGAACCAGCUUUUAGGCGUUGAAAUAAAGUAUGGUCGCAGACCUAAGGCUAUGUCGAAGGCCACUUCUUCUGACCAGGUCACGACUCCUACGCCGCUUCAAAUGCAGCCUCCCACUCCACCCACUCGAACAUCAUCUCUCCUUUCCAGCAAAACUGAGAAUCUUCGAGACAUAUUUACCACGAAAUCGCGGCCAUCUCGACAACAUACAGAGAGGUCUCAGGGACAGUCGACCAAGUUAGACAUCGACCGCGAUCGCGCCGCUCUUCAUGCGAUACCACCACCGAUCAAGAAAGCACCACAGAUUGACAUGGUCGAAGUAGUCGGCAGAUUAGAGAAAGCCAGGAAGAAGGAGAAGCGAAAAAGUUUCUGGCGCCAUUAGAGCCACCAUACCCUCAUUACUUCUGAACUGGAUUCGAAAGAAGCCAAUCUCGGGCAUACGGCAAUGUUCGACUUUCCCUCGCCCCGUUCAAAGCACAAAACGCCCUUUUGAACAAACAUAAAUUCCUUUGGUUUUUGCGGUGACCUGUAUAAGUUAUCUCCUAUGUUUAUAC